AUGGAUCCACAAGUGCCACCUGCCACACCCAAAAAGAGAAGGAGAGGCGUGGAAUUGGAAAACAUCAUUAAAGCUCUUGAUGUUAAACCCAAGGAUUACGAGGCUGCGUGGAACAACUUGAAGGCUCGCCUGACAGAAGCUUAUACCCCAGGCCAUGCACCAACACUUGCUCCAGCAUCCCUUGGAAGCAUCGACAAAGCCCUCAAACUCUUCGGUCUACGCGAGGUCAACACAGCCUUGUUUACAGAUGUAAAGGUUUUCCCAAUACCUCCACACCUCGAGGCAGGCAUUGCCAGGAUACACGCUGUGACGAACGGUGGCAGUGAAAAUGAAGCCUUCUCCCGCACUAUCCUGGAUCAAAUUCUGAUCAGUAGUUUGUACGAAGAAAGCAAGCAGUUCAAGGAUGACGAAGAUACUAGCAACCCUUCUCAUGCACACCCGUCGUCUACUUCCGAUACCAAUACCCAAGAUACGACCAGGCAGGAAGAUCCGGCCGAGCUGGAGCUGCUCCACGAAAUGCCUUUCUCGAAACUAGUUACAUAUGAAGGACAGACCAGGCUCCUUACAAGAUCUGCAGACUAUAGCAUCUGGUAUGACAAUGCAAGCAAAAAAACUCUGGCGACGAAUCCCUUAUUUGUAGAAGCUAAGCGGCGGUACCAAACCGAUGCUUCCUUGCCACAACUAGUGGCCUAUAUGGGGAUAGUUCACGCUACACGUACAGAGGAGUCAAAGCAAAAUUGUGUGGUGUAUGGCAUUGCAUCGGAUGGGAGGGACUUCCGCUUCUGCCGGAUCAAUAACGACGGCGGCUUUGUUAGCACCAGGCUUCUACAGUGGGUAUGGGACAAGGACAAAAUAUACUCGAUCAUGCGCUCCCUUAUCCGAGCAGCAGCCCUUUCGUCACCAAGUACGACUCCGAUCAAGGACCCAAUGCGGAGGAAAAUAAUCCUUGCAUCAUUCGGUAGCCCCCAACAUUCCCAGAAGAUCGACUUCGGUUUGGAGGAAUUUGAGGUUUUUGAAGCAGAUGACGAGGAAUGUGACUUUAUCAAGAUUUGAUAGAUAAGCCUGCUGUGUCUCAUAUGCUUGCACAGUCUAGUUUCGGAGGGGGGAUGGCCCUCUGAUCCAAGGAAUGGUCAUUGCAAUUCAGUGUCAUGAUCCUUCUUUUUUUUUCCCUUCUCUCCUUUCUUUCUAAUUGUCACAAGGAUAUCAAAGGAACGGGUAUUACAACAAAAGAAUACCGAUAGAGUUAGGGGU